AUGGAUGCGACCUCGGCGCCGCACCGCAUCCCCCCGGAAAUGCCCCUGUACGGGGAGACGAACAACGUCUUCGAGAUUAUGCAGAACCUGCUGGAGCAACUCCUGAUCCACCAGCCCAAGGACCCCAUCCCGUUCAUGAUCGACCACCUGCAGCAAGACAAUGACAACGUGCCCAGGAUUGUGAUCCUAGGUCCGCCCGCCUCUGGGAAAACCACCAUUGCGAUGUGGCUGUGCAAACAUCUGAACAGCGUUCUUCUCACCAUGGAGAACUUGAUAGCAAAGGAGUAUUCCUCUCUGGCUGCGGGGGCCAGGAAGCACUAUCAGAAAAUGAAGUCCGUGCCCAGCGCGCAGCUCGUCAGGCUGAUCGAGGAACGUCUGAGCGAAGAGGACUGCGUCCAUCGGGGCUGGAUUCUGGACGGCAUCCCUGAGACCCGGGAGCAGGCGCUGACGAUCCGGACCCACGGGAUCGCCCCCAGGCACGUCAUUGCGCUGAGCGCCCCAGACACGGUCCUGAUCGAGAGGAACUUGGGGAAGAGAGUCGACCCUCAAACGGGAGAGAUCUAUCACACCACCUUUGACUGGCCACCCGCGCCUGAAGUCCAGCAACGCCUGGUGGUGCCCGCGGGCAUCUCGGAGCUGGAGACGGCGCGGCGGCUGCUGGCGCAUCACAGGAACAGCGUCCAGGUCCUCCCCUUGUACCCCAGAGUCCUGAAGGUCAUCAGUGCCGACCAGCCGUGCGUGGACGUCUUCUACCAGGCCCUGACCUACGUCCAAACCAAACACCGAUCCAACGCCCCCUUCACCCCGAGGGUGCUGCUUUGCGGGCCCGUGGGCAGCGGGAAGAGCCUGCAGGCCGCCCUCCUGGCCCAGAAGUAUGGCCUCGUCAACGUCUGCUGCGGACAGCUGCUGAAAGAGGCCGUGGCGGGGAAGUCCAGAUACGGCCAGGACAUCCAGUCUUACUUUGAAAAGGAGAUGACAGUCCCCGACAGCAUCGUCGCGAAUGUGCUGAGCCAGCGCCUGAGCCAGUACGACUGCGUCCAGAGAGGGUGGGUGCUGCACGGCUUCCCGCGAGACCUGGAUCAGGCGAACCUGCUGAACCACAUGGGCGCCAGGCCCAACAGGGUGUUCUUCCUGAAUGUGCCGCUCGAUUCUGUCAUCGAGCGGCUGACCCCGAGAAGAACCGACCCUGUCACCGGAGAAAGGUACCACCUCAUGUACAAGCCGCCCCCGACCAUGGAAGUCCAGGCCCGCCUCCUGCAGAACCCCAGGGACGCGGAAGAGCACAUCAGGUUCAAACUGGACCUGUUCUACAGGAGCUCGGCCGAGCUGGAGGAGUUCUACAAGGAGGCCAUCGCCGUCAAUGGGGACCAGGACCCGUACACCGUCUUCGAGUACAUAGAGAGCGGGAUCAUCCGGCCCCUGCCCACCAAAGUCCUCUGA